UGGAACUUUUGGUGAUCUUUGACUUAGCCGUUAGUUGAUAGCAGGUCAAUGCCCACUUCCUUCUUGGAGGAACACAUCAAAAUAACCCACCUUUCGUAAAUUCUGAUCUCUACUAUGGUUUGUGGUAUCCCCUUUUGGUUGUCACACCGUCUGAUUUAUGCUCCGAAGUGAGUAGAUCAACUUCUUUGCCUCGAAGAUUUGCGGUUCCAUUUAUUGACCAAUUGAUCAACUUCUUCUGAAAUGGCUGUCGCCGUGGUGAGUUCUUUGCCUUGUUUAUCGGGAGUAAUGCGCCAGACGAAUUGUUCCGCAGAUGGAUUCGAUCGUUUGGCUUCCACAAGAUGCGGUAGAAGCACGAAGAUAGCUUGCGGUGAGAGGCAACAGAAGUUGCCCGCGAACCGUUUGUUUCGUGGUCCGUGUGACUCAGGUGACAUGAGAGUCUUUGUUUUAUCGGACUUGCACACGGACUAUAAAGAGAACAUGGAGUGGGUGAGGCGCCUUUCAACCGUUUGGUACAAGAAGGAUGUUCUUAUUGUCGCUGGAGACGUGUCGGAGACAUAUAAGAACUUCGUGUUCACCAUGGCUGAGUUGAAGCAGAGGUUUGACAGUGUUUUCUAUGUGCCAGGAAACCAUGAUCUCUGGUGUCGAAGAGAAGGUGGAAAAUUUAUGGACUCUGUGGAGAAGCUGAACGCUUUGCUUGAUGCAUGCAGCAAACUAGGAAUAGAAACCUCUCCAAGAAUUGUGGGGGAUGUGGGUAUCAUUCCUUUGUUUUCAUGGUAUCACAAGAGUUUUGACACAGAGAAAGAUAUCAGUGGCAUUCGAAUUCCAUCACUUGAGAUGGCAUGCAAGGAUUUUCACUCAUGCAAGUGGCCUUUACAACUAGCAAAUGGUGAUGUUGCCCUUGCUCACUUCUUUGAUAUUAUGAAUGAGAAGAACCAUAAUUUGUUCGAAGAGAUACGAAAGACUAGUUGUCAUUUGAUAACAUUCUCUCAUUUUGUUCCAAGGCAAGAUUUAUGCCCGGAGAAGAGGAUGCUUUUCUACCCAAACCUUCCAAAGAUAAUAGGCUCUGAUUUUUUGGAGGUCAGAAUAAGGUCUAUACAUGGAGAGAAUAUAGGCAGAUCACCGUGCCAUAUUUUUGGCCAUACACACUUCUGCUGGGAUGCCGUACUUGAUGGUGUCAGGUAUGUUCAAUCACCUUUAGCUUAUCCCAGGGAAAGGAAGAGGAGGAUGAAUGGUGGUGAAGACUGGUUGCCAUUUUGCAUCUACGAUAAGGGAUUCACUGAUAGAUUAUCACCUUCAUACUGGUCUGAUUACUACUCCAAAAUCAAAAGAGAUCCAGAAAAUACUGAUCUUGCACCAUGGGUCGCCAGAUUCUACGCAAGGUAGCCCAGGUCACUUUGUCUUCGAUUAUUUAUUCUUGACCCUCUUAUUAUGAUCUCUGGAGUAUAAUAUGUUCCAGUGAUGAAGAGAUACACACUUGGUUGUCUCUGUUGAGAGGAAACAUCGCCUCAUGGGGCUAACUGUGGGUGGAGUUCCUUUCACAACCUCUGUAUCAGCUUGACACAGAAUAUUAAGACAUUUGAAGGAACUAUUUGAAUUGCUCCUAUUUGGAAAUAAAGAAAGAAGGAAUCUUAGACUAAAAAGGACUCUUCAUAAAGCCCUCCAUACUUGUCUCCCAAAACUCUGAAAAGGUUUCAUGGCCUCUUCUCGUCUCAGAUUGUUGUCUUCUGACAGUGGAGUGUGGACUUCACAUGGCUGGAGACAGAAUUCUUCUGAUAGCAAUCUCGAGUUAAUUGAACUGGAAGAGAGAGUUGAGAACAAAGUGAACAGAGGACAGUGAAGGUUAAGGUCGAGUGAAGUAGAUUCAACUUGAGCAUUUCUUUGCUAAUGAACCGAUCCAUCGGUGGUUUCGGAACCAUUGUCAGGUCUAGACCAUGGUUGCUAGUGAUUGAAUCAACCUCCCCCAGUUUCUCAAUCCAGUACUACUGGGAGCUUUAAAGAAAGAUGAGAUACCUCCUCAUCAGGGCUCCACAUUCCACUUGCAUCUCUGCACAACAAUAGUUUGAACUGGAUCAUACAUCCAUCAAUUAUUCUCAGAAUUUUCUUGGAUUUUCUGUUGUUUAAUUAGAUGGACAUGCUAGCAUUAAAUAUGAAGGAAGCAGUAGCAAGCUACAAGGCAUGCAGCUCUGACCUCCCUUUGCCCAUGUGAUGGCCAAAACUUGCCACAUACCAUAAUAUUGUGAACAUAGGAGCAUAAAGUAAGUGAAAGAGGAAUCAAAAGUAGCACUCCCCCAAUCUUUGUCCGUCCUAUAAAGCUCUGUAACGUCCACUAUAGCCUCAGAGUUAACCCAACAAGUCUCAUUCUAUCUCACCUCUCCCUCCAAAGGAUGGACUAGAGGUCGCCUGCUCCUUGUCAGGUGCGGUGCUGUCUUGCGUCCCUCGAAGGUUUGGGAAUCUUAUUCCAUUUGCUCUCUGUGAGGUGGAGUGGUGA